CUAAAACUUUCUUGCUUUCUUUUUCCAGUGCAAUGGCAGGUCAGAUGAUACGUGCCUAGCUAAGCAAUAACAUGGAAACUUCAGACAGAGCCCAUAAAUUUCCAUGUGAUUUUGGUAAAGACUUCGUUAAUGGUCAUUCUCUUAGUUCACGAUCACGUGGGCGACGCGUGACUGAUGGAACUGGGAACCUCUCCGGCCACCGGAGUACGAUAAGGGGACCUAGAAGGAGGUUUAGGUGGGAGGCAAGUGGGUUGGCCACUCCACGUGUGGAGUGGAAAUCAGAUGGUGCUGUAUCCGGUGCUACGGCUGCCGCCGGAGGGGAAGGGAUCCGGCAGGUGCGAGGUGGCAUUGUGGUAGGGGUCUCAGCUAGGAAGUUGGCAGCUCGGAUGUGGCACUUGGCGGAGGGUUUUAACUCUGGUGGUGGUGGUAUGACGCGGCAGGGGCGGUUUAAUCGGUUACGUUUUGGGCUUCAACCACUCUUGUCCAUUUGCAAAUCUGCGAUGAAGGGAGGUUCAGAUUGGGAACUGGCGGGUCUAAAAACGCCGAGUGCCAAUGAAGUUUGCCAACUUCACAACAAUGGGAGGCUUGUAACUAGUCACCAAAUUGCAACAAUCUCCGUUGCUUCUGCUUUGCAAGUUGAACUUGUGAGAUCUCAAAAUCGGGUGAAAGAGCUUGAAUCUGAGCGCCAUUUGGUUAAAAAGAAAAUCAAACAGUUUUUGAAGGGGCACAGUGAAGAAAAGGAGUCGAGUAAGAGAAGAGAACGGAAGAUGGUUCAGAAGAUUAAUGACUUAAAGGUCGAACUACAAAAGGAGAGAAAAAGCUAUCAAAAGAUGGAUCUCGUCAAUUCCAAACUGCUGACUGAUCUAACCCGUGCCAAGUUAGCGGCCAAGCAAUUCAAGCAAGAAUACGAGAAAGAAAAGAAUGCAAGGGAGUUACUGGAGGAUAUAUGCCAUGAUCUAGGUAAUGAUAUCAAGGAUCACAAAGCCAAAAUAAGAGCUAUCAAGGUUGAAUGCGCAAAAAUCCUAGAGGAAGUGGAAGAAGAGAGACAGAUGCUGCAAAUUGCUGAAGUUUGGCGUGAAGAACGUGUUCAGAUGAAAUUAAUUGAUGCUAAGCUGAUUCUUGAAGAAAAGUACUGCCAGAUGAAUAAUCUGAUAGCAGAUUUGGAGAAUUUGUUGAGAACUAAUGGUACAACUCCAGAGAUGAUCAAGAUGAGAGAAGUCGAAGGCAUGAACCUGGAAAUGCAAUCAUUCAGCGUUCAAGAUAGAGAGGAGCUACGUUACAUGCCACCUACGGUGAAUGACAUACACACAAUCACUGAGAAUCUUCAAGAUGGUGGAACAAUGGAAACUGGAAGUCAUGAAUGUCAAAGUUAUCUUUCCGACACUCACUCCACUAAAUUUCAUAACGCCAGCUGUGAAGCUAAUGAAUUCACCAAAGACCGUAGCAUUGAUCAUGAUAGGAGUUCAGCAAAUGCCAGUUUCAGGAAAAUUUUGACUUGCAGUAUGGAUCAAUAUUCAAGUCAUACUCUUGGAGAUGGCACAAACUCUGUGGAUGGAAUUUCUGGAGGCAGACAUGUUUCUAGUCUCACUAUCCACAACAUUCAGAAUGCAAAUCAGCAGUCUCUAAAUUGUACGAUUAAUAACUUCACCUCCAUGGAGAAAGAUAAAAAUAAAGGACCAUCUGUUCGCAAAUUUUGGAGAUCCACACCUAGUGUUGCUGAUGUUCUCAGGACAAUAUCAGUUGAUGAGAAUCGAAGGCCUUCAAAUGGAUCAAAUUCUUCCAAUGUAGCCGUUUCCCCAGAAAAUUUUUCCGAAGAGGCUGUCAACCACAAUGAGCUGGUAGUCAUUGGUGCUUGCCUGGCCAAAGAAAUCCACACGUUACUCGAGCAAUGAGAGGAUAUAUUGAAUGGCCACGAGGGAUUCAGAGGAAUGGUUUGAAGGCCAGGCCCUUGGAACCAAGCUUAGAGAGUCAGAAAAAGCAGUUGCGCAAUGUGCUUAAGCAAAGGAUUGAGUAAAUCCCUAAACUUCUUGUUUUGCCAAGGUUGGUCCGCCAUUGAGGUCAUUUUGUUAAAAAAUUUUGGCAGCAUCAAUUUGCUGGUAUCAUUUUUUAGUGGUGGGAUCGUCUAUGCAAUCAAAUUGUCCAUUAAGAGCUCUUCCCUGGGGCUGCAGCUUGACGAUAGUUGUAUAUAACUGUUCCUUCAAGAAUUUUGCUGAAUUCCGCUGUGCAGAUAUACUUUUGCAUGCUUGUUCCAGGGACAUUGUUUGGAUGAGUUGUAGCUGAAAAUUAGUCUGCUGUUAUCACGAACUAUACAAACUGUUUACAGCAAAAAAGAGCCAUUACUUGCAGAAAUUGUACUCUUCUAUUUCUUACAUUUUGAGUAUUAGGACCUUUCGAAGAUUAGUAGCUUGUAUCAGAGGCUAUGCAACACGA